GGGCCUGGCUCGUUAGCGCAGGGGAGCCGAGCAGGGCAGGACAUGUGAGAUAGUCACAGUUUUCCAGAGAUCACCACAAGAUCUAACCAGUCGCGCGUGCUCCCCGGCGCCGGAGCGGGCCAGCCCAGCCCAGCCCAGCCCCGCGCAGAGCCCCCGCCACCCCCGCGCGCAGAGCCCCGCGCCUCUCGCCGCGCGGGACGGGCAGCCGGGAGGAGCCAGCGCCGCGCUCGCCGCCCGGGUCGCCCUUCCUCCGCGCGCGCCGCCGCCCGGGCCGGGGGUCCGAGCCGCGCGCCCCCGGCCCCGGCUCCCGGGCGCCUGGGCCGGAUGUCCCGAUGAGAGAGCCGGCGCUGGCGGCCAGCGCCAUGGCUUACCACCCGUUCCACGCGCCGCGGCCGGCCGACUUCCCCAUGUCCGCCUUCCUGGCGGCGGCGCAGCCUUCCUUCUUCCCUGCGCUCGCGCUGCCGCCGGGCGCGCUGGCCAAGCCGCUGCCCGAUCCGGGCCUGGCGGGGGCGGCGGCCGCGGCGGCGGCGGCGGCGGCGGCAGCGGCCGAGGCGGGGCUGCACGUCUCGGCACUCGGCCCGCACCCGCCCGCCGCGCAUCUGCGCUCGCUGAAGAGCCUGGAGCCCGAAGACGAGGUGGAGGACGACCCCAAGGUGACGCUGGAGGCCAAGGAACUGUGGGACCAGUUCCACAAGCUGGGCACCGAGAUGGUCAUCACCAAGUCCGGGAGGAGGAUGUUUCCUCCUUUCAAGGUGCGAGUCAGUGGCCUGGACAAGAAGGCCAAAUACAUCCUGCUGAUGGACAUUGUGGCCGCCGAUGACUGUCGGUAUAAGUUCCAUAACUCUCGAUGGAUGGUGGCUGGCAAGGCUGACCCAGAGAUGCCCAAGCGCAUGUACAUCCACCCAGACAGUCCAGCCACUGGGGAGCAGUGGAUGGCCAAGCCUGUGGCUUUCCACAAGCUGAAGCUGACCAACAACAUCUCUGACAAGCAUGGCUUUACCAUCCUGAACUCCAUGCACAAGUACCAGCCACGCUUCCACAUCGUCCGAGCCAACGACAUCCUGAAGCUGCCCUACAGCACCUUCCGCACCUACGUGUUCCCCGAGACCGACUUCAUAGCAGUUACUGCCUACCAGAACGACAAGGUGCUCAGCCCCAUCCCUACAUGGAACCAACCACCAACCCUCCUGUCCCCAUUCAGGCUCCAGCCCUCCAUUCACUCAGCCAGCAGCCCUGGUCUCCCAUCUAUCACGCAGCUGAAGAUCGAUAAUAACCCGUUUGCCAAGGGCUUUCGGGACACGGGCAACGGCCGGCGAGAGAAAAGGAAGCAGCUCACGCUGCCCUCCCUGCGCCUGUACGAGGAGCCCUGCAAGCCCGAACGCGACGGCGCCGAGUCGGAUGCUUCGUCCUGCGACCCGCCCCCAGCGCGGGAAGCUCCGCUCUCCCCGGGGGCAGCGCCGAGCCCCCUGCGCUUGCACCGGGCCCGAGCCGAGGAAAAGUGCGCGGCGGACAGCGACCCGGAGCCGGAGCGGCUGGGCGAGGAGCGCGCGGGGCCAGCGCUGGGCCGCAGCCCGGGCCUGGACGGCGGCGGCAGCCCUCCUCGCUUGUCCGAAGCAGAGCGUGCCCGGGAGCGACGCAGCCCGGAGAGGGCCAAGGAGCCGGGCGAGAGCGGCGGGGACGGCCCGUUCGGCCCGAGGAGCCUGGAGAAGGAGCGCGCUGAGGCCAGGCGCAAGGACGAGGCGCGCAAGGAGGCGGGCGAAGGCAAGGAGCCGGGCCUGGCGCCGCUGGUGGUGCAGACAGACAGUGCGUCCCCCUUGGGCGCCGGACACCUGCCGGGCCUGGCUUUCUCCGGCCACCUGCAUGGGCAGCAGUUCUUCGGGCCGCUGGGGGCCGGGCAGCCCCUCUUCCUGCAUCCUGGACAGUUCGCCAUGGGCCCCGGAGCCUUCUCCGCCAUGGGCAUGAGUCACCUGCUAGCUUCCGUGGCAGGUGGCGGCGGCAGUGGUGGAGGCGGAGGUCCCGGGGCCUCCACCGGGCUGGACGCAAGCGGGCUGGGUCCCACCGCCAGCACCGCCGCGCCCUUCCCCUUCCACCUCUCCCAGCACAUGCUGGCAUCUCAGGGAAUCCCAAUGCCCACUUUCGGAGGCCUCUUCCCCUACCCCUACACCUACAUGGCAGCAGCUGCAGCAGCUGCUUCGGCUUUGCCAGCUACCAGUGCUGCGGCUGCAGCCGCUGCAGCUGCGGGCUCCCUCUCACGGAGCCCCUUCCUGGGCAGUGCCCGGCCCCGUCUGCGCUUCAGCCCCUACCAGAUCCCAGUCACCAUCCCGCCUAGCACUAGCCUCCUCACCACUGGGCUAGCAGCAGAGGGUACCAAGGCUGCAAGCAGCAACAGCCGGGAGCCCAGCCCCCUGCCUGAGCUGCCUCUUCGAAAAGUGGGGGCCCCAUCCAGAGGUGCCCUGUCACCCAGUGGCUCAGCCAAAGAGGCAGCCAGUGAACUUCAGAGCAUCCAGAGACUGGUGAGUGGGCUGGAGAGCCAGCGAGCCCUCUCCCCCGGCAGGGAGUCACCUAAGUGAGGGGCUACUCUGCUGCGUCCACGGCCUCCCAGGCUGCCUGUCCCCCAGGACUGGGGAUGUGUACAGCACAGAAUGGGUAUUUAUUUAAAUAAAGGAGCAAACACAGGUUGCUGCAGUCGGAAUAGAGCCCCGACCAGCCAGCCAGGGCCUGGGACAUGAGGAAUCCAACAGCUGGGAACACAGUGACUCUGGAGUACUGGGCUAGGUCCAGAUCUACUCCAGGGUCAAGGUGACAUCUUCCGGGAAGUUCUCUCUCAUACUCGGUGCAUUCGGGAAGCCUUAUCCCCAUUCCAGAGCCAGAGGGUGGAGGGGACAAGGGGUGGGGGAGACUUCAGAGCCUCUAGCCUAGGACCAACUGAGGAUCUGGGGUUGAGGGAUGUUGAGGUGAGUGAAAACUGAAGUCAGUGUAGACGGAGCUGGGAGGGAACCUAAUUUUAGCCCUCCUACCUCUUCCCCAAGAGACAGGCCCCCUCCGGCUCUCCCAACUGGGGUCAGCCGAGGGAGUGGCUCUUCUGCCUUGAGUCCCCAGGGAGAAAAAGAUAUUUAUGAAAUAAAUGGUAAUUUGUGUAAAUAAGCUUUAAGAUUCCCAGAAUAUGCAAAAUUGGUAUUAAUUUAUUCAAAGGUGUACAUUGCUGUGUACAUAAUAUUUAGAGAUUAACUCAUAGCAUUUAAUUUUUUUUCAUUUUACAUGAGCAUCUAUAUUGUACAGGGCUGGGGCGGCGUGUGCUCCCUGGCCCGGGGAGAAAACCCCAACACCGGAGGAGCUCCCACCCCUCCUCCGGCGCCUCCGCCCCUCCGCCCCUCCGCCCCUCCGCCCGGGCUUUGCUCGCUGGGCCUGUGGGCUCCACCUCAGGUUUUCACUUUUCGCUCCGGAGCGAGACGAAACGACAAAAGAAAAAAAGAAAAGAAAAGAAAAAAACAACCUCGAGAAACCAAUAAAACGCUACUCUGCGAAGUGA